AUUAUUUGUACAGAGACUAGUUGGAGCUGUUUGUUGUCACGCAGGAAGGAGGCGAGAGGGUUGGUAACCAGGGGUUAAACCCGUAGGACUAGUUCCCUGACGCAGACGGUGUGUGUGUGUGUGUGUGUGUGAGAGAGAGAGAGAGAGAGAGAGAGAGAGAGAGCGAGAGAGAGAGAGAGACAGUGUGACCGGAGGAAUACUAAACAGGAGGCAGUGCACUGAGGACAAGGACCAACAUUUUAAGAACCGACCGACUAUCAUCACACAGCAGCGGAGCGGAGGCAGGGACACACAGUCUGCCCGGGCUAUAUGCACACACACACACACACACACACACACACACACACACAAACCCCCCACACACACAGACAUACACACAUUCCGCCAGGAAUAGAUUUGGAGGAUGAACGGAGCGGCGAUUACGCAAGACGGGAUCGAGCCGAAGGGGGGCGCGCGGAGGACGCUCCGGUUCCAGCGGCCGCACGCGUCUGUGCCCCAGUUCACCAACUCCCCGACCAUGAUAGUGAUGGUGGGACUCCCAGCAAGAGGGAAAACCUACAUCUCAAAAAAGCUCACCAGAUACCUGAACUGGAUCGGAGUGACAACUAAAGCGUUCAAUGUCGGGCAGUACAGAAGAGACGCCACACGCGCCUACAACAGCUUCGAGUUCUUUCGACCCGACAACGCCGAGGCCAUGAAGAUACGCAAGGCCUGCGCCAUCGCUGCCCUGACAGAUGUGUGUAACUACUUCACCAUAGAGCAGGGGCAGGUCGUGGUUUUUGAUGCCACCAACACCACAACGGAGCGCAGAGAGGUCAUCCUCAACUUUGCCAAGGAAAAUGGGUACAAGGUUUUCUUUGUGGAGUCGAUAUGUGAUGAUCCAGAGAUCAUCGCUGCGAAUAUUAAAGAAGUGAAGCUGAGCAGUCCAGACUAUGUAGGCUGUGACAAAGAGGAGGCUGUGGCCGACUUCCUGAAGAGGAUCGAAUGUUACAAGUUGAACUACGUCCCGCUGGAUGACAACAAGGACAGGAACUUGUCCUACAUCAAGAUCUUCAACGUGGGCAGCAGGUACCUGGUGAACCGGGUCCAGGACCACAUUCAGAGCAGGAUAGUCUACUACCUCAUGAACAUCCACGUCACCCCCAGGUCCAUCUACCUGUGUCGCCACGGAGAGAGCGACCUCAACCUCGUGGGCCGCAUCGGAGGCGACUCCGGGCUGUCGUCUCGUGGUGCAAAGUUUGCCAGUGCUCUGGGGACGUACAUGCGUGGGCAGUGUAUCACUGACCUGAAGGUAUGGACGAGCCACAUGAAGAGGACCAUCCAGACUGCCGAGGCUCUGGGAGUCCCGUAUGAACAGUGGAAGGCCCUCAAUGAGAUCGACGCUGGGGUUUGUGAGGAAAUGACAUACGAAGAGAUUCAGCAGAACUACCCAGAGGAGUUUGCACUGAGAGACCAAGACAAGUAUCGCUACCGCUACCCGAAAGGAGAGUCGUACGAGGACCUUGUCCAGCGUCUGGAGCCAGUCAUCAUGGAGCUGGAGAGGCAGGAGAACGUCCUGGUCAUCUGUCACCAGGCCGUCAUGAGAUGUCUGCUGGCUUACUUCCUGGACAAGACCGCUGGUGAGAGAAACUGCAGUUAUUUACAGUGACACUGCUCAGGUGUCGCCAUCUCACGCGGGUUUCGGCUCGGAUGGUAAAUGACAACGAGCGUCGUACAGGAAAAUCCAUCAUUUUAUCUCGUGUAAUGUGUCAUAGCAGAAGACAACUAACGCCACCUCAUGACGUCCGGACAGAAAGUC